GGAGAACUACCCUAGCUCAGAAAGACGACCAGACCCUGCGCUCGCUCUCUCUCUCUCUCUCUCUCUCUCUCUCUCUCUCAGAGCAAAGGAGGAGGUUGAGGAGGAGGAGGAGGAGGAAAAGGAGGAUGGCUUGUUGCUCAACCACUUCCUCCGCUCUUUUCCUCUGCUCCCAUCUGAAGCUUCAUUGCAGAGUUUCUCCCGCUCUCCAUAAUCCACCGCUCCCUUCUCUCUCCCUCUCUAACUCCAAGAAACCCAUCCUCGCCUCUCCUCAUUCCCUUUGGUUCAGCUCCAAACAGAAGAACCCACCGUUAGCUCCUCCCAGAUUCUCCGAAGCUGAAGCACCCGUUCUCGAGGUACAGCCGGAGCCCGAGCCCGCCCAGAUAGUCAGCCAAGCGCCCAAGAGGGAGGAAGUGUUCGCUGUGGUUAUGAUUGGAUCUCGUCAGUAUAUAGUGUUCCCGGGGCGUUAUAUCCACACCCAGAGGCUUAAAGGUGCAAAUGUGAAUGAUAAGAUCAUUCUGAACAAGGUGCUCCUUGUGGGAACCAAAACAAGCACCUAUAUUGGAAAGCCGGUGGUGCCUAAUACUGCUGUUCAUGCUGUCGUUGAAGAACAGGGACUGGACCCCAAAGUGAUCGUCUUCAAGUACAAGAAGAAGAAGAAGUAUAGAAGAAACAUUGGUCACAGACAGCCAAAUACCAGGAUCAGGAUAACUGGCAUCACCGGCUAUCAAGACUCACCAGCCGUUACCCUUAAUUCAUUAUAGGAUGAUCAUUUCGGGAAGCUGAGGUGUAUGAUGAGAGCCUACACAAGCCACCAUUUUCUACUGUAGUUUACAUUUUGUCUCAUGAAAGACUUGGGAGUUUCUAGUUUUCUUUUGUUAGCGUGGAAAUUCAAUUGUUGUGUACGAGCUUAAUUCGGCAACUAGUUGAAUACGUCCCCAAUGGCACUACAAUAGGCCUAGUUCCUUCCUACCAAAAUGAGAAAUCAGUAAGCGGCCAAGAUAAGCAUUCCCCUGUCAUCUGAGAAUGAAUGAUUUACAUUUGAAAUGUAAAUUCAGCAUAUAUCAAAACAAAAAGGAAAACUUGAAGGUUACA